AUGCUUGCCCUGCGUGCUCGACACAGCGGCGUAGUCACAACUCUCCUCGGUGAAGAGCGAACUUCUCGCCGGGCACGAGUGCAGGGGAAAGAAAAACUCACAGGCCGGCCUGCUGCAGAAAUAACAUGUCUCGAUGCGGACCAUGUUGGCGACGGGGGCGACAGCGUCUGGCUGCCUCGGGUCCUGUCGUGGGUGUUGGGCGGCGGUGGGAGAUUGGUCGUGGGCGAAGACGGCAGAAGUCUGUCUUGUUUCAACUUCCCAGCAGCCUUUUGCGCAAUAAUCUUUUGCACCGCUACUACAAAAAAUUUGGGGACCCUGGGCACCCGGCCGCCUGCCACCGUGGGGCCCGGCGGGCGAAGUGGGAGGUGGGCUGCGGCCACACGGCCCGCUGAUUGGCCCGCCCGGAAAAUCCUGCUCGCCGGAGCACCCUCGGUGCAGGUCGGGUGGAGCCCAUGCGGUCCAGGGAGGCCCGUGCGUCGAGAAAUUCAUCGGCCGGCUCUCAGCUCUCAGAGGCUCAGAGGCUCAGGCUCAGGUUCAGAGUCGCGAACCGAUAUAUACCAUCACGGUGCUGUCGCCAGCUUGCAGUCCUACCCUCGUCGGAUCAAAGCCCCUCUCCCUUCGUCACUCUCAAGACCCUCGUCACCCUACCUCAGCAUGGCAUCCGUAUUGGCUAUCGGAACCGGCGUGGCCGUGGCCGCCUUCCUGGGCCGAGCUGGACUGGUCGCAUUCCGGCGCUCUCGCGGCGGUGUCGGCGCCCUGGGCAAGGCCUUCUACAAGGGCGGCUUCGAGCCGCGCAUGAACAAGCGGGAGGCUUCGUUGAUCCUGUCGCUCAAGUACGACCUCACUCCCCCUGCCCGCACACUCUGGCGUGAACGCGCCCUGACCAAGGAAAAGGUCCGCAAGGCUCACCGAACCCUCAUGCUCCUGAACCACCCGGACCGCGGCGGUAGCCCCUACCUGGCCACCAAGGUCAACGAGGCCAAGGAGUUUCUCGAGAAGAACUCAUGA